AAUCUAUGUUUUAUGCUUCCGCGUGUAGUUGCUUCUGAGCCAGCGGUGUUUUCAUGCUCUAAGUCGCGUCGUAUUUUUUGCAGUUCGUCUUGUGUUUGGUUUCAUAAAGUGCCUGUUUUUGGAAUAAGCUAAAGAAAUGAAGAGAUACAAAAUGAGGAUUGAGUGGUACCAGUGUCACCUAGACUCUUUGCCAGCGUUAAUCUCAACGAAAUUUGUUCAGCUGGGUCCAGAUCAAGAAACAAUAAACUUUUUAGAUCAGUCUGAGAAAAAAUCUGACUGGCUUUUUACGCAAAUAUGGCAUUCAGUGGUUAAACUUUUCCUGGGUGUAUUUAUGACACAAACUUCAAUAAAUGGGUAA